UCUCUCGCUUCUCUCUCCCCCUCGCCGUGCAAGCAAAGCGUGUGGCGCCGCGGGCUAUGGCCAAGGGCGUGUCCCGGCGCCCGCGAAGGUCCGCAACGGCCAAAGAACCCGUUGCAACCUUACGAGCAGUGACCAAGAGUUGCGAGUAUGUAUAAAGUAGUUGCUUCCCUGUGCCAUCCGACGGGUGCCUGUGUGAAUAGAGUACCCAGGCAAGUUACAAGUACAUCUGGAUCUCUUUCUCCUCCACUCGGCACCCAUCUCCGACCCGCCGUCUCAUCCGUCCGUAUGUGUGUAUGUAGAGGAUGUAUGCAUAUACAGUACUUGCAGGUUCGAAGCUCCUCCUUCCCACGCACCUCACCCUUACCUUACCUUACCUUCCCUUACCUUCCCUUACUUACUCUACUUCGGGGUGCUUGGGAUGCUUGGGAUGCGUGCGUGCUAACUUCUUAUCUACAAGGCUGCCAGUUUUUCGCUCCCUCCUGCCUCCCUCCCGUCGGCCGUUUUCCUGUGCGCGUCCCCUCCCCCCUCCCCUCCCGACUCGGCCCUGUGCCUGUGCGACCCAAGACCUCUCGGCCUUGCAGAAGUACCCUAGCCAGAGGAGGGAGGGAUGGAGAUGGACAGAGAGAGAAUCGAUUUAUUGUCGCAUUCGGACUAGAACUGUGGCACAGAGAGUCGAGCUUCCAAAACAAAAAAAGGAAAGGCCGGAUCGAGUUCGAACAGUACUUUAUAGAAUCUCGGUUGAAGCCUGAAGGCUUCGACUUCGGCCUGCCGUACUCUACGUAACGUCAUCCCCCUCCCCCGAAAAAAGGCUCUCCUCCUCCUCCUCCCCUCCUCCUCCUCCCCUCCUCCUCCUGCUCCCCCCAUCCUCCCCACCGGGGACGAAGACGAGGACUUUCCCUUCCCUUCCCUUUUCCCCGGUCCCUGGUCCGUCCCUCACAGCCAGAGCCAGCAGCCAGAGCCCGACCCCUGAGUCCUGGCUCCUGGCAGCCAAUCGUCCCGCUCCUUCGCAUCCCUUCCCUUCGCAUCCAUCCCUUCCUUUUCUUCCUUUUCUUCCUUUUCUUCCCUCCCUUCCU